AUGAAGAUCACAUCAUUCCUCCUCGUAGCGACUGGAGCAACCGCGCAACUCCAAACACUCUGCCAGCAAUACGGUUAUUACGCUUCAAACGGCUACGAGAUCAAUAACAACCUCUGGGGACAAGGAUCGGGAUCAGGCUCUCAAUGCACAUACGUCAACUCUGUUUCCGGUAGUGGAAUAGGCUGGAAAACCACUUGGACCUGGUCUGGUGGCCAAAACGAUGUCAAAAGUUUCGCCAAUGCUGGUCUUCAGAUAUCGAAUGGCAAAUUGGUUAGCCAAAUCAAUAAUAUCCAAACUUCAGCAUCAUGGAGUUAUAGCAACACCAACAUCCGUGCCGAUGUUGCAUAUGACUUAUUCACGGCCUCUGACCCCAAUCAUUCCAAGAGCAGCGGGGAUUACGAGGUUAUGAUCUACUUGAGACUAACUGACACCUGCCACCAGGUUUUAAACUGCCAGCCUUUCGUCAAGGGCCAUGGGAUUCCACCAGAUGCUGAGCUAGACGGAGGUAUCAAGCCAGACGAGGGAGAUGUCAAGCCAGCUGACGAGUAUUCGAAAAUUUUGGAUACUCUUUACCAGCAGAAUCAAACCCGCUUUGUCGAAGAAGAGGAAAAAUGGAAGAAAUUUUUAGAUGGAAAGAAUUGA